AUGAGCAGUGGAUUAGAGCUUACUCAGUUCACUGGGUUUCGGAUUGAUGGACAAGACAAAAUAAUUGGAUCUACAGUGCCACUCUAUGCAACAAUAGCUGCUUCACCAGAAUAUGUGAUCUACUAUGAAAACAAAGUUCUAUCUGUGUACAAUCAAAAUGAGCCCAGUAAGAAAACUAUUCAGUGGACAAAAAAGGAUGGACAUGUUAUUGAUAUUUGCUGGUAUAACAAUAAACAAUUUGUUAUCUUGACAAAACGGGAAUUUCAUUUAUUCAAUGUGGAUACAGAAAAAAUUCAUACGGUGUAUAGAUUACCUGAGAACAAGAAUAUUGAUUCUAAUUAUCAUCGAUGUACAUCGUAUGAUGAACGUAUAAUGUUAUGUUUAUCGUGUUCUGGAACGACAAUUGAAGAAUGGACACUGUCAGAGUGUAAAAAACGAUGGCAAUCGCCGAAAUCAUGUAGAAAAGAUGAAAAUAUUUGUUGCCUUCGUUUAUCAUCAAAUAACUUGGGCUUGACAAUUGUCAAUUCAAAACGAGAAUCAAGAUUUGAACUACGUCAACUUGAAACGAUGUCUGUUUUAUUUUUGAUACAAUUGACUCGUCAAUGUUAUCGAUUUAUUUCGAUGAACGAUAAUAAUUGGCUUUUAGUUCCGUAUUAUUAUGGAAGACAAGAACUUCUUCUGGUCGAUGCUAACCAACGAAUUAUUAAAAUUAUCAACAUCCCACCAUUGGUACACGCCUAUGAUUAUGAUAGUAAUAUUAAUCAAAUGAUUUGGAAUGUCGCCCUGAUGUUAGGAAACAGCUCAUCUCUUGUUGUUCGACGCGAAAGAACCAUUUGCUUCUACAAUAUUAAAUGA